AUGACCGCCGCGAAUGAAGCCUCAGAUACGUCAUCUCGGCCCUCGAAGUCGAAAUCUUCAAUAGAUGCUGGUGAGGGCGCAGCACUCCGGAAGCGCUCCAGAUCACGUGGCGCGAGAAGACCGUCGACCGAGAUCGACAUUGAGAAGACCUCAGAGCUUGAAGCACCCGAGGAUGAAGAUCCUCAGCUCCGCAAUACAGGUGGCUACAAAGGUCGACAGGCAUACAGCGUGAGCCAGCUGCUCUUCUUCGCAUACGAAUCUGUCGGAGUUAUUUAUGGAGACAUUGGAACCUCGCCUCUUUAUGUGUUUUCAUCGACGUUCUACUCCCCGCCAAGUCGUGCUGACGUCCGGGGAGCACUUUCUUUAAUAAUCUGGUCUCUCACAAUCAUUGUCACUCUGAAGUAUGUCCUCAUCGUACUUCGAGCCGACAACGACGGCGAGGGUGGCACUUUCAGUACCUACUCCCUACUAUCUCGAUAUGCGAACAUCUCGAACAGCGAUCCUCGCGAUGCAGCCAGAGCGCGAAAAUCACGGGUGCUAUUCAGUCGGUCACAAAAACACGUUCGCUCCACCAUUGAGCAGUCUGCGUUCUUCCGCUACCUCCUACAGGCAAUAGGGGUGGUUGCCGUGUCUAUGGCCAUCGCUGACGGUGUCCUCACUCCUGCGCAAUCUGUUCUCGGUGCAGUGCAGGGCCUGAACGAGAUCAACAGAGAUAUCCCGAAGUCAACCAUCAUUGGUGUGACUUGCACUAUCCUAGUCUUGUUGUUCCUGGCCCAGCCUUUUGUCAACAAUCGCUUUUCCAAAGUGUUCUCCCCAAUUGUCAUCGUUUGGCUGGCUUUGAAUUCAGCUUUUGGCAUGUACAACCUGGCGAGACAUGAUCACGGGAUGCUUCAAGCUUUCAAUCCCUAUUAUGCCUUUGACUACCUCAUUCGCAGAAAGUACAGCGGAUGGCGCAGCUUGGGUGGCAUCCUCUUGUGCUUCACUGGAGUCGAGGUACUCUUUGCUGGCAUUGGUGCAUUCAGUCGUCAGGCAAUUCAAGUCAGCUGGAUUGGAUUUGUAUACCCGAGUUUACUGCUGACAUACAUUGGCCAAGCCGCCUUCAUUGCUGAGCGCCCAGAGGCUUAUGCCGAUCCGUUCUUCAACUGCGCGCCUCCUGGAUGGCUCAUACCUUCUUUCAUCAUCGCUGUCUGUGCAGCUGUAGUAGCCUCGCAGUGUAUCAUCACAGCUACCUUUCAUCUUCUUUCUCAGCUUAUGAAGCUGUCAUAUUUCCCUCAGAUCCAGGUUAAGCAUACCUCGAAGACUUAUUACGGCAAUUUCUACGUGCCCGUCGUGAACUGGCUGCUCAUGAUUGGCGCGGUGCUCGUUGCGGCUAUUUACAACAAUACGGCAUCGCUUGGAGAUGCCUACGGUGUCUGUGUCAUGUUCGUGACCUUCUUCGACACCGUCCUUGUUACUCUAAUCGCCAUCCUCGUUUGGCGCAUCAAGCCAUACUACGUCGUAAUACCGCUCGUGGCUAUCCUGUGCAUAGAUGCAACAUAUCUCAGCUCGGCACUCAUCAAGGUUCCAGAUGGCGGUUGGUUCACAAUACUGCUAUCAUGUCUACUGGCAUGUAUUUUUAUCUUGUGGCGAUUCGGCAAAGAGCAACAAUGGGCAUCUGAAGCCGAGGAUCGAUUCUCCACUACGCAUUUCGUCAAGAGCAAUGAGGACGGAAAGUUGGAGCUCACGGAGCAGUUUGGAGGAAGGCAACUCAGUCCUAUGGGUGGAGUUGGCAUCUUCUUCGACAAAGAAGGCGAUACCACGCCUAUUGUCUUUAGUCAGUUCAUUCGAAAGCUUGUCACCGCACCGGAAGUUAUGAUCUUCUUUCACCUCAGGCCCCAAGAAAAACCCACUGUUCCAGAGGACGAGCGAUACUCUAUCUCACGUCUCGCCAUACCGAACUGCUAUCGCUUGGUGAUAGAUCACGGAUAUAAAGACGAAGUAUUCACCCCAGACCUCACCGCACUGAUCUACGAGAAAGUCCGAAACCACAUUGUCACUCGAGCAGCGGACAGGCAGCGGGAGAGCGCGACCGCAGCAGGAGCAAAGCAGCGGCAAAGCUCGGGCAUCUUGAAGAACUCUAGCAAUGGGGGCGAAGCGUCCGCUCCGCAGACCGAUGUCACUGAAAAGGAGGACCAGAGCUCGCUGACUGUAGAACGGGCACAGAACCGAUCUCGACAGAUCUCAUCAACGUCCAUCAUUGCCGGCAGUACAGCAGCACGUCUUGACGCUUUGGACAGAGCGUUCAAAGAUGAGGUGUUAUACAUCAUUGGCAAAGAGCAGAUGCGAGUCAAGGAGGGCACGAAUAUCGCGCGUUCGGUACUACUGAAGGCUUUCAUUGUGCUGAGAGACAAUACGAGGGCGAAGGUGCAGAGUCUGAGUGUGCCGAUAGAUAAGGUCGUCGAAGUGGGCUUUGUCAAAGAGGUAUAG